GGAAAAGCUUACGACGUGACCGAGUUUCUGCCAGAGCACCCGGGUGGUUCGAAAAUCAUUCUCAAAUAUGCAGGCAAGGAUGCUACCGAGGAGUUCGAACCGAUCCACCCCCCCGACACGCUGGACAAGUACCUAGACCAGUCCAAGCACCUGGGCCCCGUCGACAUGGAAACGGUCGAGCAGGAGGAGAAGGAGGAAGACCCGGAGGAGGUGGAGAGGCAGGAGAGGCUGAAGCAGAAGCCGCUCCUGUCGCAGUGCUACAACCUUCACGACUUCGAGGCCGUGGCCAGGCGGGUCAUGAAGAGGGGUGCCUGGGGGUACUACUCCAGUGCGGCGGACGAUGAGAUCACCAUGCGAGAAAACCACAACGCCUUCCACAGAAUCUGGUUCCGACCUCGGGUCCUUGUCAACGUAGAGAAGGUGGACUUCUCGACGACGAUGCUGGGGACGCGGUGCUCGAUACCGUUCUACGUGACGGCGACGGCGCUGGGAAAGCUGGGCCACCCGGAGGGCGAGGUGGUGCUGACGAGGGCGGCGCACAAGCACGACGUGAUCCAGAUGAUACCGACGCUGGCGUCGUGCUCAUUUGACGAGAUCGUCGACGCGCGCUCGGGCGACCAGGUGCAGUGGCUGCAGCUGUACGUCAACAAGGACCGGUCAAUCACGCGGCGGAUCGUGGAGCACGCGGAGCGGCGCGGGUGCAGGGGCCUGUUCAUCACCGUGGACGCUCCGCAGCUGGGCCGCCGCGAGAAGGACAUGCGGUCCAAGUUCACCGACCCCGGGAGCAACGUGCAGGAGGGUACGGCCACAGACACGAGCCAGGGCGCCGCCCGCGCCAUCUCCACCUUCAUCGACCCGGCUCUCAGCUGGUCCGACAUACCGUGGUUCAAGGCCAUCACUCGCAUGCCCAUCGUCCUCAAGGGCGUCCAGCGCGCCGAGGACGUGCUGCGCGCCGUCGAGGCCGGCGUCGACGGCGUCGUCCUGUCCAACCACGGGGGGCGCCAGCUCGACUUCGCCCGGUCAGGUGUCGAGGUUCUCGCCGAGACCAUGGCCGCCCUGCGCGAGCGCGGCCUCGAAGAUAGGAUAGAGGUCUUCGUCGACGGAGGUGUGCGCCGCGCGACGGACAUACUCAAGUGCCUCUGCCUCGGGGCCAAGGGCGUCGGCAUCGGCCGCCCCUUCCUCUACGCCAUGAGCGCCUACGGCCAGGAGGGCGUCGAGAGGGCCUUCCAGCUGCUCAAGGACGAGAUGGAGAUGAACAUGCGCCUCAUCGGUUGCACCAGCGUCGAGGACCUCACCCCCGACCUGCUCGACAUCCGCGCCCUGCCGAACCACUCUAACCCUACUCCCGCCGACAGCCUAUCGCUCGCCACGUAUGACCCGCUUGCUGUCCCUGCCCAGAGGCCACAGUCCAAAUUAUAG